AUGUACUCACACUUCUUGCUCGUUCAGACAAAGAGACAGCACAAGUACCAUGAGGGAUAUGAGACGAGUCCACAAGAGCUGACAGAGGCUGACAGUGAAGUUCUUCUGAAGCUGGGGAGGCUGGCCUUUGAAAAUCUUGAGAAAGGAAACAUAAUGUUCUACCAAGAAGACCUGGAGCAGUGUGGUCUGGAUGUCACAGAGGCCUCAGUGUACUCAGGAGUUUGUACAGAGAUCUUCAAACGAGACUGUGUGAUAUUCCAGAAAUCAGUCUAUUGCUUUGUUCAUCUGAGUAUUCAGGAGUUUUUGGCUGCAGUCUACAUGUUUCACUGUCAUACUAACAGAAAAACAGAAGUGCUGAAGCAUUUUCUAGGGAAUGGUGAACAUGUUUAUUGUGGUGACAUCUCGUCUUUAGAUGUCUUUCUGAGCAGAGUCAUGCAGAAAUCCCUCCAAAUUAAAAAUGGACACCUGGACCUGUUGGUCCGAUUCCUUUAUGGUCUCUCUCUGGAGUCCAACCAGAGACUCUUACGAGGUCUGCUAGGCGAGACAGAGAGCACUCCAGAAAUUAUACAGCGAAUCAUCAGCAACCUUUGCAAGAUAACCAAUGAGAAUACCUCUCCUGACAGAUGCAUCAACAUCUUCCAUUGUCUGAUGGAAAUGAAUGAACUCACGGUACAUCAGGAGAUCUUGGAGUUUCUGAAGUGCAAAAACGGAUCAGAGAAGGAGCUCUCUGAGAUCCACUGCUCAGCUCUGGCCUACAUGCUGCAGAUGUCAGAGGUUUUGGAUGAGUUUGUUCUGAAGAAGUAUAACACAUCGGAUGAGGGACGAAGGAGACUGAUUCCUGCUGUGAGGAACUGUAGAAAGGCUCAGUGA